GAGAAACAGUUGAACGUUUCUUGCCUAAUCGCGAGCAAAACUCUCUUACUUCCAUUUAUGAGUUGGGAGACUGGGCGCUGCCAAUUAACCCCCCGACAAUAGUUGCAAUGCAGCAGUAGUCUGAUGCUAAACAGUGAAGCUUGCCACCACCGUUCCCCGAGAAUAAAUUGCCCUCCGUAGUAAGUACUCACGCGCUCGAAAGCCAUCUCCUCCUGUCGAGCUCCCACUUGGUCACGGGUCGCAACCAAACGAAACACCGCCACCGCUCCUGCGCCGACACCGGACCCAGUAAGGGUGGGGAGGAGGACGGCCGUUGAGGCCGCGGGAUCGAUGGGAGAAGCAUCAAAAUCCCAUCUUUCUGAUCUGUUGCUGGCGCUCUGCUUCGUCUGCUUCCUGUGCUGCGAUGGCGUUUCCGGCCAAGGUCCGAUCUUUGCGUGCGACGUAGCGUCGAACCGGAGCUUGGCGGGCUUCGGGUUCUGCAACGUGUCGUGGGGAACGAAGCAGCGGGUGAAGGACUUGGUGAAGCGACUCACAUUGCAGGAAAAAGUUGGGUUCUUGGUGAACAAGGCCACGGCGGUGCCUCGGCUUGGGAUCCCGAGCUACGAGUGGUGGUCGGAGGCCUUGCACGGCGUCUCCUACGUCGGCCCUGGGACGCGCUUCUCCACCCUUGUCCCUGGGGCGACCAGCUUCCCUCAGGUCAUUCUCACAGCGGCCUCCUUCAACGCCACCCUGUUCAAAGCCAUCGGAAAGGUAGUAUCGACUGAAGCCCGAGCAAUGCACAAUGUGGGUCUUGCAGGACUGACAUAUUGGAGCCCAAACGUCAACAUAUUUCGAGAUCCAAGGUGGGGGAGAGGGCAGGAGACACCAGGGGAGGAUCCUGUGCUUGCAAGCAAGUAUGCCACUGGAUAUGUUAGGGGUUUGCAGGAGGCAGAUGAUCCAGACAAGCUCAAAGUUGCCGCUUGCUGCAAGCAUUACACUGCCUAUGAUGUCGAUAACUGGAAAGGCAUCGAACGAUACACCUUCAAUGCUAAGGUGACAAAACAGGACUUGGAUGACACCUUCCAACCUCCUUUCAAGAGCUGCGUGAUUGAUGGGAAUGUGGCCAGUGUCAUGUGCUCUUACAACCAAGUCAAUGGAGUCCCCACUUGUGCAGACAAAGACCUCCUUGCUGGGACCGUCAGAGGAGACUGGAAGCUCAAUGGUUACAUUGUCUCCGACUGUGACUCUGUCAAUGAACUCUACAGUCGACAGCACUACACCAAAACUCCUGAGGAUGCUGCAGCCAUUACCAUCUUAGCAGGUCUUGAUCUCAACUGUGGAACUUUCUUGAGCGAUCACACUCUGGCGGCGGUUCAGGGGGGCAAGCUGAGGGAAAAAGACGUGGACAAAGCGAUCGCCAACAACUUCGCCGUCUUGAUGCGGCUAGGCUUCUUCGAUGGCGAUCCUAGGAAGCUCCCUUACGGUGAUCUCGGCUCCAAGGACGUGUGCACGGCCGCGAACCAGGAGCUCGCUCGCGAGGCCGCGAGGCAGGGCAUCGUCCUCCUCAAGAACAGCGAGGGGUCUCUGCCCCUCGACCCCAAGUCUAUCAGUUCCUUGGCCGUGAUCGGCCCCAACGCUAACGCCACCUUCACCAUGAUCGGCAACUAUGAAGGAACACCAUGCAAGUAUACCACUCCGCUACAGGGGUUAGCAGCCAACGUCAAGACCAUGUAUGCGCCGGGGUGCGCUAACGUGGGUUGCGCCGGGAACGACCUCCAGUUGGACUCGGCGAAGGCGGCUGCGGCCGCAGCGGACGCCACCGUCUUGGUUGUCGGAGCCGACCAGUCGAUAGAGAGGGAGAGCUUCGACCGGGUAGACCUGCUCCUUCCCGGCCAGCAAACGUCCCUCAUCACGGAGGUGGCGGAGGUGGCCAAGGGGCCGGUGAUCCUCGUGAUCAUGUCAGGCGGCCCAUUCGACAUCUCGUUCGCCAAGACCAGUGAUGACAUCUCGAGCAUCCUUUGGGUGGGGUACCCCGGCGAAGCCGGCGGAGCUGCCAUAGCCGACAUCAUCUUCGGACACUGCAAUCCAGGUGGAAGGCUCCCUGUUACUUGGUAUCCUCAAUCAUUUGCAGACUCGGUUCCCAUGACCGACAUGCGCAUGAGGCCGGAUCCGUCCACGGACUACCCCGGUCGAACCUACCGGUUCUACACCGGCGACGCUGUCUACGAGUUCGGCGACGGCCUGAGCUACACCGAUUACACCCAUCACCUGGUAAAAGCUCCCAAGAUGGUCUCAAUCCCCCUCGAAGAGGGCCACUCCUGCUACUCUCAACGGUGCAAUUCCGUCGACCUCGCCGGCGAUGCAUGCGACGGCCUAGCAUUCGACGUGCACCUGCGAGUGCAGAACUCGGGAGGCAUGGCGGGUAGCCACACCGUCUUCCUCUUCUCGACUCCGCCGACGGUGCACAACGCACCCAGGAAGCACUUGCUGGGGUUCGAGAAGGUGUACUUGGGGCCUAAAGCGGCCGGCGAUGUGGUGUUCAAGGUCGAUGUCUGCAAGGACUUGAGCGUGGUGGAUGAGCUCGGGAACCGAAAGCUGGGCUUGGGUUCUCAUGUCCUCCAUGCGGGGAGCUUGAAGCACUCACUGAGCUUGAAGAUUUGAGGCUCAUGAGAGCUUCCGGUGGAAAUAAUCCGUUCCCCACAGAAGAAUUUAGUGAACUGUAACCAUUCUGAUUCCUACAAUUGCAAAAUUGUAACCUUGAAUUAAUUUUUACCUCUCUAUGGGGAAAAAUAUUUAUGGAUUUCUUCA